AUGCUGGCUAGACCGCUUAGAUCCUUGGUCGCGACACGAUCCCUGUCGAACACCGCUCUCCGGUCGAACAACGACGCCCGGCCUACCAUAAAACACACCCAUCCCGCCGAUGUCGUUGCCGGCGCCGCGACUGGACCGUUGACGCUACACGAGACGCCGAGCCAGAUCACGGCGGACGUAGUAUCGGAUGCUCCUGCUUCCCUCCGAUAUCGCACCGCUCGGAUCUACAAGCCGACCAAGACAACCAUGCAGUCCGCCAAGGGCAAGACGAGGCGGUGGUUGAUUGACUGGGAUGUGCUUCAGGGUGCGGGGAGAUGGGAGAAUCCCUUGAUGGGCUGGGCGAGUUCGGGGGAUUACAUGCAGGGGACACAGAUGUCAUUCCCGACCAAGGAGGAGGCUAUCGCGUUUGCCGAGAAGCAGGGUUGGGAGUAUCAGGUUCAGACACCUCACGAGCCAAAGAUCCCGGCCAAGAACUACGCGAAUAACUACGUGCAUGUACCUGGAAAGCUGCGUAUCCACCACACUAAGUGA